AUGCUUUUAUUCAGCUUGAGAAAGAUAAUGAAAUUGGAUAAAAGAUUAAUAAAUGCAUUCAAAAUUCUACUAAAUAAGUAAGAUUGAAUUAAUAUACAGAACUAAUUUCUAAUUAGGAUUGUUUAUGGGUUUGUAGACAUUCUAACUCAAAGGCAUUUAAUGAUCAUUAAGAACGAUAAUAAAAAGGAAGAUGGAAUUAAGGCUCUUUUGAAAGGGUUCUUUGUCGAAGGUUUAAGUUUCAUGACUCUAGAAGAAAAUUUCAUAUAAUCUUUACUUUAGCUAAACAAUUAUAUUAAUAUAUUUCAAAUAAUAAAUUUAAUAUGA